AUGACCCUUACACUGUCCUGUCAUCUCUCACGAUUCUUUGUGGUCCUCCUUAACAUCGCAGGUGUUUAUGGGAUGAGGAUCAUCGGGGGCCAGGAGGUGCAGCCCUACUCCAUUAAGUAUCAAGCCUCCCUCCAAUACAACAAACACCACUUCUGCGGGGGCACCCUCAUCCACCCGCAGUGGGUGCUAACUGCCGCCCACUGCUGGAGACCAAGUCACCUCAUCAAAGUGAUCCUGACUGAGCACAGCUUCUCUAUAAUUGAGGGCUUUGAGCAGGAGUUCAAUGUCUCCAGAGUCAUUGUCUACUACAUGUACAACUACAGAACGUUCGACAAUGAUAUCAUGCUGAUCAAGCUGGAACGGCCAGUUACUCUGAGUGCCGUGGUCCAGCUGGCUAGCCUGCCAGACGCAGACACUCCCCCACUGACCAGUAGCACUAGGUGUACAGUCAGUGGGUGGGGGGUGACACAGAUAUACAGCUAUUACCUAUCCCCUGUGCUGAGGGCCGUGGAUGUGGACAUAAUCCCCAGCUGCCAAUACUACUACUACUUCAGGAUCACCAACAACAUGCUCUGUGCCGGCUCACGCUUUGGAGGCAAAGACUCCUGUCAGGGCGAUUCUGGAGGGCCUCUCAUCUGUAAUGGUAAAAUUGAGGGCAUUGUGUCUUGGGGCAUCAGCUGUGCCAACCCAUACUUCCCUGGUGUCUACACCAAGGUCAGAAAAUACCUCCGGUGGAUCAACUGGAUCAUCCAAAAUGACAGCUAG